AUGACAAGUAAUGAAGCAUCCCAUUCUGUCUACAGUGAGAAUGUUGACUUAUUUUCAGCAUCACAGAAUGGUUCUCUUUAUACAUUGAAGCUGUGGAUUAUGGAUGCCAAAAAAGACUUCAACAAUAGUCAAGAGAUUGAUAUAAGGGUGAAGCCUACUACUUUGGGAUAUUAUGUAACUCAGGGAUUGAUGCAGCUCCAUAAGACCCAACAGCUUUGUGAUGCCAUCCUGGUAGCUGAAGGCAAGCAUUUCCCAUGUCACAGGGCACUGUUGGCUUCGUUCAGUCCAUACUUCCGUGCCAUGUUCACCAGGCCCUUUAGAGAAUGCUGGGAAAGACAGGUUGUAUUUGAAGACAUGGCCUCGUCCAUCCUUCAGAUAAUCUUAGAUUAUCUCUACACAGGACGGUUACUACUUAUACCAGAGAUUGCACAAGAUCUUUUCACAGCAGCCAACAGGCUUGUCAUCCUCCCUCUGCAGGACAUAAUUGGCAGGUUCCUAGCUGACAGCAUUUCUAUGGACAGUUGCCUAGAGAUUUAUGCUCUCGCCUAUGCUCAUAAUCACCAUACUUUGCUCCGUGUAGCCUCACGCCACAUCACCUUGAAUUUUGAGCCUCUUUCUGAACACGAGUCCUUUCCAGGCUUAGAUCUCAGUACAGUGAUCAGCAUUGUCUCAUCAAACAAACUUAUUGUGUCUUCUGAGCUAACAGUCUACCAGGCUGUGCAGAACUGGGUCAGGUCUCAACCUGCUGAGCACUUCUCACUCAUCAAGAAGCUGAUGCAACAAGUCCGACUUCCACUUUUAACUUCUGAGGAGAUCACAAGAGUCCAGAAGGACAUUAUUGCAGAAUACGGGCAUGCCCAUUUACAAUGGGAGCAACUGGAUGGAGUAGGAAGAUUGCUGAAGAGUGGAGGCCUCAGGCAUGGCAUGUAUGAUGACUGGAUUGUGAGUUUGGGUCUCUUUGUAAGCAACAUGCAAGGAGGAGUAGUGGAGCGUUUGAAAACUCAUUUCCUGGGGUUCAACCUACAGACAGAAAGUUGGGAGGAGAUACCACCCUUGAUGUAUCUGGAUUCCUCUGGCUUCUUGUCUGUAGGGCACAAGCUUUAUGUAUCUGGAGGACAAAGGCUUAAUGGCUCUGUUUUAUGCAACCUGCAUGAGUUUGAUGCUCUGACUGGGAGAUGGAUGCAGCUACCUUCCAUGUCUGUACCUCGACGAGAACAUGGUUUUCUAGCAUGCCAACAGAAACUAUAUGCUUUGGGAGGCCGGAGUUGCCGGACUGUGCUUGAUUCUGCAGAAAGCUUUGACUUAGAAAAGAAGAGCUGGUCUCCCAUUGCCAAUCUCCCCUUUGCAGUGAGUCAUUUUGCCUCUGCUUCACUAAACAAAAAGCUCUACUUAAUUGGAGGCUUCUCUCACACGAGAGCAAAUGGACUUGCCCACCGGGGCAUCCUGAUUUACAAUACAAGCGUAAAUGUGUGGAAUCAGAUGCCAUUAGCUUUUCAGUGUUACAAAUCAACCGCAGUGGCGAUGGACAAUGGCAUCUUUGUCAUUGGCGGGCUUGUGGAAGAGAGCAGCCGGCGUGAAACCCCUGGCACUGUAAUCAGAGCUCUGAUUUCUGGCACCCAUAAAUGUUUUUUCCUCAGCAAGGAUGGCACAGUGAGCCAAGAUGUGGCCAUCCCAGACCUUCCUAUAUUGGUCUUGCCACCUUGUGCCGUGCAGUGGAGGAGAAGAAUACAUGUGCUGGUGGGCAAUACCAUUUACCAGUGGAAACCCGGGGAGGCACACUGGACAAGGAGUCGGAAAAGUGCUCCCAACACAAGGGUGACGUUUCUAACUGUGGUUAAUGGAGUGACUCUGAAGGUGCCAAAGAAGACUCUGCAGCCCCUUUUACGGGAAGCUUCAGCAGCCCUGACAGCCCUUUGGGUGACUGACAAUUAG